CUCACCUGCGCGCCGCCCCUCCGACCUUCGCCUUUCGCCCCGUCCCGCCGUCCCGUACCGAUCGCUCCCCCACCUCGGCCGACUCGCGGAUGUUUCGUGAUUACAAUAUCAUAUCACUCACUCGCAGCACGUACACACGCACGCGCACCGAGUCGCACACAGUCACACUCGUCCUCGUAUUGUUAUUAUCGUUGUUGUUAUUGUUAUUAUUGUUGUUAUAUUCGUCGUUGGUCCGGUUCGGUGGUCCUGAUAUUGUCUUGCCCCGGGUGCACCAAUCGUUGACCCUGCGUCGUGCCGUUUGCUUGCAGCUUGCAACGCCGACGGAUGAAGGAUCGCGUUCGCCUUGCCGCCGUCUUGACCCAUGCUCGUCGUCCGUUCAUGUCAACCGGCUUCGUUCGAAUACUAUGCAUGUAACCGCCGUCGCAGUCAAUCGUCUGCUCGAGACACAGUGACAUAAUUAUGGACAAACGUCAAAAUUAUAACUAUUCAUCAAGUACAAAUGAAAAAACAAGUCCAGAAAAAAAAAAUGAAAAAUUAUUACCAAAUAUUGGUUAUGGGAAAAUUUUAGUUAAAACUGAAUCAAGAAUCAUGAACGACAGAGUAUCUGAUUCAAUGAACUCCAGUAAACCGGCUGUAUUAACUGAUCAAGAUAUAAAUAAUUAUAUACUAAAUUGUGUUUCAAAUUUAAAAGUUAGUGAUCAAAAAUCUCCAACACAUUCCAAAUUAUUCCCAUUUAAAUCAAUAGAUUUAUCUAAUCCUUCAGAUAGAUUGCAAAGUAAUAACUCAAUUGAUAGCAUGAAUGGUACUAACAAUUUACAUUCCAGUAUUGAUCAAGGUAAAUAUCCUAGAAACAACAUGGGAUUAAAACCUGCAUUAUCAAGUCCUCCACCAUACAGUACAUCAAUAAGUAAUAGAAAUUCACCAAGUCCUCGUGCUGGUAUGGGAUCUAUAAGUCAUGAAUUAAAAUCAUCCCCUCUAUAUGAAAAUGUUGAUUUUUAUAAUGGUGGUCGCAGUUUAACUCAAACUCCUACUUAUUACCAUCAAAGACCUAGACCGGGUUCACAUUCUAGUGGUGGAUCUCAAGACUCUAGACAUUCCAGUCCUAGAACUAGUAUAGUUUCUUGUGAAGGUUCAUCAGCAUUGUAUGAAUCAACUUAUCGUAAAGCUCAACCUCAAGUUCCAGUCAACUACCCCAAAUAUAUUCCACCGAUGGGAAAAGAAGUUCCGCCUUAUGAAGCACCACCUGUAUAUGAAACUAUAUCAGAAACCAACAAAAAUUCAAAUUUUUAUGAACCAGCCAAACCAGGGCCUCAAGUGUCUACUCAACCUAUUGAUCAUAUUAGCCGAUAUCCUGCUCAGCAUGCUACACCAUAUAUAAAACCUAUACCUACUACAGUUCCACAAGGAAUUAAAACAUUUUCAGAUUAUUCAACUCAAACAAGUUCUCAUAACAUGAGAUCGUAUAGUUCAGCUAGUAAUGUCAGUUUUUCUGAAGAUCCAGUGAUACCAAAGUCAACAACUAUAGCAUCACAAAUGUGUGUAGUAGGGCAACCAUCACUUGCUGAAUCAAGAUCUCAAAAACAACAUAACACCAUGCCCAAAAUUUUUCAAACAGCAUCAGCAUAUCAACAAGGAUCACCAACACACCAUGGUACAUCAAUAAACCAUGGUACAUCAACACAAUCAUCAACAAUACCAUCCUUACCCAUGAAAAUUAAACAACCAGCUAAAAAUCUUUUACCAUACAAUGUUACUCCGCCACGGCCAAUGGGUCCAACAGAAGCUGAAAAGAAAAUUGAAGAACUAACUAGACAGCUAGAAGAACAAAUGGAAACUCAAGAAGUUGCUGUUGGAGGAGAAUAUUUUGGAAUAUGUCACACUUGUGGAAAUAAAGUAACUGGUGCUGGUCAAGCUUGUCAAGCAAUGGGAAACUUGUAUCAUACUAAUUGUUUCAUAUGUUGUGCUUGUGGUCGUGCUCUUCGUGGUAAAGCUUUCUAUAAUGUUUACGGAAGAGUAUAUUGCGAAGAAGAUUACAUGUAUAUAGGUUUUCAACAAACAGCUGAAAAAUGCUCUAUAUGUGGACAUUUAAUUAUGGAAAUGAUUUUACAAGCUAUGGGGAAAUCAUUUCAUCCUGGAUGUUUUCGAUGCUGUGUUUGCAAUGGUUGUUUGGAUGGAAUACCAUUUACAGUGGACAUUGAUAAUAAAAUAUACUGUGUUGCUGAUUACCAUAGAAAAUAUGCUCCAAAAUGCGCUGCUUGUGGAAAAGGAAUUACACCAGUCGAAGUAUUAAUUGGCACCGAGGAAACUGUACGAGUUGUUUCAAUGGAUAAAGAUUUUCAUGUAGAUUGUUUUAUUUGUGAGGAAUGUGGAAUGCAAUUAACUGAUGAACCAGAUAAAAGAUGUUAUCCAUUAGAUUCUCAUUUAUUAUGCAGAUCUUGUCAUAUAUCACAUUUAAAUGAAAAUCAACCUGAACUAGAGAGUGUUUCUGCUACAUAUGAAUAUUUAGAUUGAGAACUGAAGAUUAUUUGUCUAUUUGCAACAAAUGUCAUGGAAGUCUAUUUAUAUUAUGAAUUUUUUAGUGAUUGGAUAUAAAAAUUCGUUUUAUAUGUUUAAGAUUUAAUAAUUUUUGAAUUCACUACAGUGUGAAAUUAAUGUCAAUGUUAUAAAAAUUAUCAAAUAAGUUGAUUAUACUAACCAAUACUAACUUUAGAUAAUUAAAUAAAUAUAUAUAUUACGUAAUUUUUAUUUAUAUAAUAUAUAUU